AAAGAACGUAUUACAACAAUGGAAAGUGAAAAGUUGAAAUUGAGCAAAUUUUGUAUUAGAAGCCUAAACGUUUUAAAAUUUACACCAACAAAUGGUUUUCGUAUUAUUAAUGAAGAACUUACGUUACAACAAUGUCAAAAUCUUGUUGUAUGGUUAGAAGAAACGAAAAUAAGGUUAUUACCAAAAGAGAAACGUGCAGGUCUCCGUUGUACAAAUUCUUCAGAUCAACCAAAAUGGCUUACACAUUUUUCAAAGUACUUAAAAAGUCUUAAUAUCCAUCUUGUCGAAAAUUUCAAUUGGUGUAACACUCAAAAUAGAUUAGAUAUUUUAACAAAUUUAAUUCUUUUAGCCUUACAAGAUGAGUAUAUGGAUGCUAAUGAAGCCUAUGAAAUCCGUUUGUGUCAAAAACCAAAAUUUGAAAAUAACUGCAAUAAAGAUGCCUCUAUCGUUUCUCUAACUGCCAAAAAAGAAACACUACCAGAAAAUCUCAUGGUGCCUACCACUUCUCUUGAAAUAGGGGACACUCAUACAAAGGAUUUUACAAAGGAGUACAUUAAGUUUUUACAAUAUACAACAAAGCAAUGUCAAGAAAACACUGAAAAAAUCAAGAAUUCUGAAAAUUCGCUGAUGUUAGCCUCAAAACAAGCGUUACAUUUUACUAACUUUCCCACGUUACUUGAAAUAGCUACGAGUACCUUACGGCUUCUAUAUCUUAAUAUACUUGAGACGACGCAACAAGAAAAAAAUACUUUUCUUUGUAAACUUCAAAGUAUUAUAUCGGACCCUAUGAAGUAUCAAAAAGUUGUUUCAAAUAAAAAACAAACAUAACAUUUGAAAAGAAUCGUCACAACAAAUCUAUGAUAAAUAAACUAUAAAUUACAAACUAUUGAUUGGUACCGAAUGAUAAUGUAUUAUUUAAAUAUAGUGCCGCUUGGACAAUUAUAUCGUUUGAAGAG